AUGGAUCAACAACAAAGACAACAACAAUUUCUUCUUCAGCAAUUACACGGGCAAAGUUCCGUCUCGCAACCUCAAAUGAUUCAACAACAAUAUGGUAUCUCUACAAUACCUACCAUCGGUCAACUUUCUAGUGUUCAAAACAUCCCUUCCCUCGGUGGGUCCGUUAUGCCUGCUGGAGUCCUUGCUUUAAGUCAAAGAAUGAUGCCUCAGCAAAAUCCCCAGCAGCAGUAUAACACCUCUGGAUUACAGGGAAAUGCUAAAAUUCCUUGGGCUGUUACUCCCGAAGAAAAAGCGCAAUAUAGGGAUAUUUUUAAGGCUUGGGAUACUGAAGGAAAUGGAUACAUAUCUGGUGAAAAAGGACGAGAAGUUUUUUCUCAAUCUGGUCUACCUGCUAAUGUAUUAAUGCAAAUUUGGAACCUUGCUGAUCCAAACAAUCAGGGAAAACUUAACCAAGAUGAAUUUGCAGUGGCCAUGCAUUUAAUAUAUCGAAAACUAAAUGGGUAUGAAGUGCCGGCGACUCUUCCACCUGAGCUGAUUCCACCUUCUUCACGAGAUUUAGCUGAAAGUGUUGAUUUAGUAAAGAAUAUUCUCGCGACAGACCUUCACAAUCAAAGAACCGGCUUAGUACCACAAUUAUCCAGCAAUCCUUACGUAAAAUCAAGAAGCUUCACGAAUAAUCAGACCAUAGAUAUACCUACAGAUGCUGUAAGCUAUAAACACAAAGAUGAUGACGUUGGAUAUGUAUCAUCGGCAAGAAGGCAAAUUCCAUCGGUUAGUCGGGAAUACUCGAGCUCUUCUUAUUCGUCAUCUAUAUCAUCAUCGAGAUCUGAUCGCGAAAAGUCCUCUACAAAUUUAGCGGACCUUCGAAAACAAAUUCACGAGAAAGAAAUUUUAUUAGAAGCUUUGUCAUACAGUGCUGACACAGCACCGAUAGCAUCCUAUAAUUCGAUCGAUGUUGAGGAAAUAAAAAGACAAAUAAAAGAUAUACAAUCUCAAUUAGUUUCUUUAAAAUCAAAUAGUCAAAACUGGCAGUCCAAAGAAAUUAACAAAAAUUCUGAUGAAUUGAACUCUUUAUUAGAUAGAAAUCAUGAUUUAGAAGAUGAACUUAAUAAUUUUUUGUAUACCAUCAUCCCAGAUAUGGUACGCAAAGUGCGAGAUACAGACAACAAAGUAGCGGAAGCCAGAAUAGAAUUAUUUAAAUUGCGUGAAUCACGUAAUAGCGAUGAUAAUAGUUUUGCAAACAUAGUUGGAACGGGUCCUGGUGGCUCUAUUACACAAGCUGAUCGAAUUCAGGCAAAAGCUGCAGAAAUGUUGCAAGCACGUCUAGCAGCUAUUACUGGGAAACCUGUAUCUAAUAUUAGUGAUAGCGCAUCUAAUCCGGGCGCUGCACGAAGAUUGGAUGAAGAAAUGAUAAAAGUAAAUGCUGAUAAAGCAAACAAAGAAAAUCGCAUUUCAGACAUUGAACAAACAAUAUCUAGAUUACAAGAUUCUAUAAUCCGUAUCUCUAGAGAGCGUGAUGAUGUAGAAUCUACACUUCAAUUAGAUGGUUUCCGUUUCUCUAAAGAAGAUAGAAAGAAAUGGGAGGAUGGUAUUGGUAUAAAUGAUGAGGUCAGGAGAUUUAUCGAAGAACUUAAUCGUGAAGGUUUAAAAAUCAAGACGAGAACUUCUUAUAAUGAAUCCGAUUAUGAAUCACGUUAUUCAUCAUAUGGCGGUGGUGGAAGUAGCUCUAUCAUAUCCACACAUUCUACUCCGACUUCAACUACUUCUAACUAUUCUUCAUUUAGUAGUCCGGUGCCAAGUUCUUCAUUGAAAGGAAAAACUUCCGAAGAACGUGCUGCAUUUAUUAAAGCAGAAGCAGAACGUAGAAUGCAAGAAAAAUUAAAAGCAUUUGGUAUAACGCCAUCAACUCUAGAUUCAAAAUCAACACCUUCUCCAACUUCUGGAUCUCCAUCGAUCACGGAUCGUUUGGCUCGUGAAAGGGCAGAAGCCAACGAACGAAUAGCUCGCGCAGAACGAGAGAAUGAAGAGCGUGAACGCACGCGAGCGGAACGACUUUUAGCUGACAAACAGAAGAAAGCUGAAGAAGAGAAUGAAAGGGCUCGUAGACUAGAAGAAUAUGAAAGAAGAGAAGCUGAACGACGUAAACAAUGGUUAUCGGAAGCUGAAGAGCUUGAGAAAGCUAAAGAUAGAAAAGCUCGAGAAAAAGAAGAAGCUGCACGUUCACGUGAACUAGAAAAUGAACGUAAACGACUAGAAGAAGUCGAAAAAGAAAAACGAGAGAGAGAAGAACAUCUUGCUCGUAUAAAAAGAGAAGCUGAAGAACGCGUAGCAGAAGAAGAACGCCUACGUAAAGAACAAGAGGCCAUAUUGGAAGGUGCUCGUGCAGCAAGAGAAAGAGCAAAAAAAUUAGAAGAGGAAGCAAAAGAACGUGAAGAGUUAUUAAAACGUGAAGCAGAACGUCUUUCAAAGGCAAAAAAAGAAGAAUCCAUUCCGCAGGUAAAAUCAUCAACAAAUGAAUCUUCAAAUAUUGUCAGCAGCUCUCCAGUCAAGCCAGAAAGUAGCAUUGAUGAUAAUAGCGGCAAUAAUAGUAAUAAAAGAGACAGUAUUAGCACGAAUCCAUUUUUGAAAUUUGGUGCUCAAAAUACAAAGGCAGAAGAACCUGUUAUUACGAAGCCUAUUGAAAGCACAAACCCUUUCUUUCGGUUUACAAAUGCAGCUGCGUUUCCUACAUCGAAUCCUCAAGCAAAAGAACCAGAAAAUGAUGAUUGGGACGUGGUAAAUAAAGAUGAGAGUGAUAGUGAUGAUGAUUUUGGAAUCCCAGGAGAUCCUAAACUACUUGCAUCGAAAAUUUUUGGAGGAUUUGGUGGAAGUUCACGUUCAUCAACUUCUGAAACUAUUCCCUCACAAAAAAUUACUGCUCCUCCAAGUGUAUCUUCGGCUUCUGAACCUUUUCCUUCAUCUCAAACUACACCUUCUUCAACCGCGCCUGUUGCGAUUCCAACAACAUCGCCUCCAAUAGCACCGCCUCCACCUCCGCCUUCAUUUGUACCAACGGCACCUACGGUCACUCCAAACUCAGCUGUUACUCCUUCACCUGCUGCUUCUAAUCUUCCAGCUGGACGGCGCGUUAAUGAUGCGGGGCCUUCAAGUUCAUCACAUGGUGUACAAUCUUCAAGUUCUGGGUCACCUGGCCCUUCUGGACUUGGCAGCUUGUUCUCAGGCGGUAUACCAAAACUUAAGAGUCGUGCUGAUGGAGGACAUGCAGAUAGUGCUACCAAUGCGUCCGUUUCCAGACCGAUAUCACUUGAAAAACUCGAUCGUAGGAUUUCAACGGAUUGGUAUGGUAGUUUGGCAUCCGAUCAAUUGGCAGUCGAGGAACCUUCAUCCCAAUUUAAACCAAAUAUCGAUAUUCAGACAACACUUUUUGAAGAAAAGGAAGAGACAAAAUCUUUUGGCACGACUGUACAAUCACCAACUGUAAUGACGCCUUCAAUCGAACAAGACGUCGAUUUUAGUCAGAAAUUCAAUGUCUUAACUUUAUAUCCAUAUGAAGGAACGCGCACUGAUGAUCUUGCAUUUCAAGCUGGAGUCAGCUUUUUUGCACAUCCCUCUAAGGACCCGGAGAAUGCAAAUUGGUGGUAUGGAUCAAUAGAAUCAAGUGGCAAAAAAGGGUGGUUCCCAAAAACUUAUGUGCAGAUAGUUAAAGAAGGUCAAGAAAUAGAAAAGGCUCAAUUAUUUAAAGAAGAAAAAGAAAUAUGUAAAGCCAAAGUUUUAUGGGAUUAUAAAGGUUUGAACGAGGGUGAACUUGAUAUCAAACAAGGAAACAUUGUUUCUAUACUCGACAAAUCUUUAGGUGAUUGGUGGAAAGCGGAAUAUGAAGGAACUAAAGGAGUUGUUCCUGCCAAUUAUGUCGAAGAGAUUUCUAGUAGUAGCGUAGCAACUCCUAAUAAAUCUUCAAAAAUUAGAACUAGAAGCCCAAGUCCCACGCGGUUGUUUGGUACUAGUCCGAUUACCCCUGUUCCAUGGAUAGAGCCUAGUGGGAGGCGUUUAUCUAUAAAUGCAUUAUCUGAUGCUGGACUUUUGCCACAUGGCCUUGGAUUAAGGCCUGAUUCGCCUGCAGCUGCGGGACAACGCCCGCCUUCACAAACUUGGUCAAGCCUGAUGGACUUGGAAACUGUAGAAGCUCUUCCAAAAGAGGAACGUAAAAGACAGGAAGGAAUCUAUGAAUUGAUAAACACUGAACAAAGCUAUCUCAGAGAUCUUCAAAUGAUCGUUGAAGUUUUUUACGGCCCUCUUCAGAGCAUACUUGAUGCACAAGAAUUAAUGACUAUUUUCUCAAAUAUUGAGGAUAUCUUACUAUGUAACACCGCGAUUCUGAGCGAUUUAGAGCAAAGGCAGCGUGAUGAAGGAUUUUAUGUGGAUAGUUUGGGUGAUAUAUUGAUUAAACAUGUGGAUAGUUUGAGAUGUUAUGUAACAUACUGUGGUAACCAAUUGAAUGCAAGUAAGUUCUUGCAAAAGAAAAGAACAGAAGAUCAAAGACUCGAAGAGUUUCUAAAGAAAAGACUACAAGAUCCUCAAUGUAGGUCAUUAGACUUAUCAAGUUAUCUUUUGAAACCAUUACAACGAAUUACACGAUAUCCUCUUUUAUUUCGCCAGAUAUUGCAUUAUACCGAAAAAGAUCAUCCCGAUCAUGAAAAAAUUAUGCAAUCUUUGAAAAAAGCUGAGGAUAUUUUGGAGGAAACGAAUGAAGCAGCACGUGAGCAAGAGAAUCAAGUAAAAUUGGCUGAAAUUUCCAAAUUAAUUGACUUAGAUGGAUUAGAAGUGAAACUUGAUUUGACUAGCAUGACACGUUUACUCGGUAAAAGACAAUUUGUCAUGGAAGGCCCGCUGCAGAAAGCGAAAAGUAAUCGGAAAUUACAUGGAUAUCUUUUCAAUGAUCUUUUAAUUCUCGCCCAAGAAUCACGUAAUUCUACUAGAGGUUAUAAAUAUUUUCCAUAUAGACCGCCAUUUCCUCUAAACGAGAUAGCCGUGCGUGAUCUUCCUCAAGGCAAAUUCUAUGAUUGUUUUCAAAUUAUUCACAUUGCUGAUAAAAUCAACUUGCGUGCAAGGGAUGUAUCGGUAAAGCGGCAAUGGGUAAAUCAGCUUGAAACAGCCAGUGGAUACUAUGGUCUACCAUCCCUCAAAGACUGUAUUGGCACCCUGAAAGUGGUCAUAUACGAGGGCCAAAUACCAAUUGAUCCUGCAAAAGAAAAUGUAUUAAUUAACACGUAUUGUCAAGCACGAUUAAAUCGACAAGUCUUUAAGACUAAAAUUGUCAAAGAGAACACAACCCCGCGAUGGAACCAGCUAUUACUUUUUUCAGUUACGACAUUGGAGGAUACGCUGAAACUGUCUCUCUAUAACCAUGAUAAAUUUACCCAAGAUUCAUAUCUAGGACAAGCAGAGAUAUCACUUCGAUUUCUCGAACAUUAUGGAAACAAUGAGACAGAUAAAAUAAAACUGCAAUUAAAAGAUGUUCCUCCUGGACGAGAUGGUAGCAUUUCAAUUUAUCUUUGUUUAAAAGCAAUUUAA